UCGUCGCUUUUGGUGCGAGCGAUCUGGGCGCUCAUUGGGGGGCAGAGUCUGCCCUGUGGUCUUCUCUCCCCGGGAUGGCCGGGGCCGGGCAGGAGAAGUACCGGCUGGUGGUCGUGGGAGGUGGCGGGGUCGGGAAAUCAGCGCUUACCAUCCAGUUUAUCCAGUCCUACUUUGUGACGGAUUACGACCCAACGAUUGAAGAUUCGUACACCAAGCAAUGUGUCAUAGACUACAGAGCAGCACGAUUGGAUAUUCUGGACACGGCGGGGCAGGAGGAGUUUGGGGCAAUGAGGGAGCAGUACAUGAGGACAGGAGAGGGGUUCCUGCUUGUAUUUUCGGUCACAGACAGGGGAAGUUUUGAAGAAAUCUAUAAAUUCCAAAGACAGAUCCUGCGGGUAAAGGACCGGGAUGAAUUUCCCAUGAUUCUGGUCGGUAACAAGGCUGACUUGGAGCACCAGAGGCAGGUAACGCAGGAGGAGGGGCAGCAGUUGGCGCGGCAGCUAAAAGUCACAUACAUAGAGGCUUCAGCAAAAAUUAGAAUGAAUGUAGACCAAGCUUUUCAUGAACUUGUUAGAGUUGUAAGGAAAUUUCAGGAACAGGAAUGCCCCCCAUCACCAGAGCCGACUAGGAGAGAAAAGGACAAGAAGGGGUGCCACUGUGUAAUUGUCUAGAAGAAGUGCCAGUCUGUAUCUUGUACCUGAUUGUAUUUCAUCUCUUCCAUUCGUGCCACCAGGACAGCCUUAGCCAGAGACGCCUCGGUGCAGUUGUGCCAAGAUUCAUGCCAUGGAUCAUCCCACCUGAGACUGGGAAUGAGGGUGUGUCUUGACACCCCCCCAUUUUGCGUGAUCGGCACUCCCCACAAUCCCUGUAGCUAUGCAGUCGCCAUUGUCAGUGAUCAACAGAAUCCUGGAGGGUCCUAACCCAUGGACUGAGGCUUUUAAUAACCAGUAAUCACUUCCUUUUUAUAUAUUCAAUGAGAAUUGCCUUUUUAAACGUCAUUCCACGCCCAUUAGCUCCGCCCACACCCUUAACAUUUUUCAGAGAGCCACUGUGCGCUCUCAGGGAGAACAUGAAGGAAUCGGCCAGUCGACACGCAUUACAGAAUCACUUGAUGGGCUUCACCUAAACAGAAAUGUUGGCGCAUCAUUUUAAUUGGUCACUCAGUUGAAAUUGUGACAAAAACUUACAUUUUGCUACUGAAUUUAAAUCAUCACAAAACUGAAUUUUGAAUAGAGUAGAUUAGAAAUUGUCUGUAACGUUUCCACUGAAUUGACCAUAAAAAUAGAGAAUUUUUUUCUGAACUGAAAUCUACUCAAAACUGGCACAAUACUGAAAUGCUGACAUUAAUUUAAAAUAUGUCACAAUACUAACAUUUUGCCAUUGAUUUAAAAUUUUUCACAAUGCUGAAAUUUUGCCAUUUAUUUAAAAUUUGUUAGAAUACUGAAAUUUAGCCACUGAUUUAAAAAUGUCACAAUACUGACGUUUGCCAUUAAUUUAAAAUUUGUCACAAUGCUGAAAUUUUGUCAUUGGUUUAAAAUUUGUCACAGUGCGGAAUAUAUUUACAAUACUGAAGUUUUACAGCUGAAUUGAAAUUUGUCACAAUAUUUAAAUGUUGCCACUCAUUUAGAAUGUGUCACAAUACAGAAAUAUUGCCACUGAUUUAAAAUUUGCCAAAAAUACUGAAAUUUUGCCACUGAUUUAAAAUUUGCCACAAUAUUUAAAUUUUACCACUCAUUUAGAAUGUGUCACACUACUGACAUUUUGCCACUGAUUUAGACUUUGUAAUAACUCUAAAAUUUUGCCAUUGAUUUAAAAUUUGUCGCUGACUUAAAAUUUGUCACAACACUGUAAUUCUGCCAAUGAUUUAAAAUUUGUCACAAUACUGAAAUUUUACCACUAAAUUGUUGUCACCACCAAACUACAAACAAAAACCCCCAGAAAUGAAACCUUUUAAAUUUUUGUCUCAACACUGAAGUUUUAUUACAUAGUUGAAAUCUCACAAAACUGAAAGUUUGCUGCAGAAUUUAAAUUUAGCCGAAGAGCUGAUCUCUCUUUUUAAAGACAAAUGUCAGUGGAGCAACGUAAGUCACAGAAUGAUGGUGAAAGAUCUGAGGCCGAGGGCAUGAUGAUGAUGCUGUCAGAUGGUCGAGGACAGAACCAGCUUUAACAAACUGAGGACUUGUAUCACAUCUACCAAAAGACCCAGUUACAACAAGGAUUUGCCAAAUAUUCCCAAUAAAUAGAACCGUAGAAUUGUCUGCAGGACUUUCUGUCCUUUCUCUUAAUUAAAUAAUUUUUUCCUUUUUUAAAAAAAGAACCAA